UGACGUAGCCGAAACGAUUUCGUGUUCCUCGUAAACAAAGUCGCUCGCUGCAAAUAUUUUGGUUUCGACGUGUCCCCACCAGCUGGACUGUCAGAAUCGUGUCUUUGCCGUCGUUUAUGUCCAUUAAUCUUUAGAAAGGACACACAGACGCACCUAUGUGAAAGUGCGGAGGAGACUCGAGGCCAAGAGAAAGGAGGGAAGGAGCGCCAGCGCUGCUGUCUUGUUUGGUUGCGUAUUGCCUGCGGAGGAGCUGUUCACAUCAUCCGCCCCUGAUGUCUCUCAGCUGGGUUAUUAUUCCGGGGAAAGUCCUGUAACUGCCCUUUUAAUUUAGUCAUGGUGAAGCUGACCAAGGCCAAAACCUUCCAGGCUUACCUGGACACCUGCCACCGCCGUUACAGCUGUGUCCACUGCCGUGCUCACCUGGCCAGCCACGACGACCUCAUCUCCAAGUCCUUCCAGGGGAGCCAGGGUCGUGCCUAUCUCUUUAACUCUGUGGUAAAUGUGGGCUGUGGUCCAGCGGAGGAGAGACUGCUACUCACUGGUCUUCAUGCUGUGGCUGACAUUUACUGUGAGAACUGCCACACCACAUUGGGCUGGAAAUAUGAGCAGGCCUUCGAGUUGAGUCAGAAGUAUAAGGAGGGAAAGUUCAUUAUUGAACUCUCCCAUAUGAUUAAAGAUAAUGGCUGGGACUGAAGCUCUUGCUUCUUAUUCUGUCCACAGCUUGCAGCUUUGUCAAGACCAGCAUGAUGCACCUUUUCUCUCUCACACACACACACACACACACACACACACACACACUGAGAUAUAUAUAUAUAUAUAUAUAUAUAUAUAUAUAUAUAUAUCUACAGCACUGUAGAUUUAUCUUCCAUCUUGAUAUCCCAAUGCACAACCUUUACAUUUGACAGUUAGGGGAGAAAGGUAGGGGUACAUGUGUGAAAGAGACAUGUGCAUGUGUGGAUAUGGGAACUCGUGAUUCUUUGAAGCCACUGAAUCGUGACAUAAUUAAUGUACAGGUUCUCACAUUCAUCCUGAUAAGUGCAAUUCACAAAGCUGGGAUAAAUGUUCACUUUUACUGCUUUCCAUUUUAUUUUGCGGAUUUAGAUUUAAAUGAACGAGGUUUUGUGAGAGUGACUUUUGUUUUGUAUAAAAUGCAUUUUACUCGCGUAUUACUUUGUGUGGUAUGUGCCACAUGAGACAUCACUUUUAUCUGUUUGUGUACGUGUUUACAUGUGUGUGUGUGUGUGUGUGUGUGUGUGUGUGUGUGUGUGUGUGUGUGUUUGUGUUUGGGAUAAAUGUGCAUUCCUCUUCAAGUUCAGCAGUUUUUUCUUUGAUGUGCUUCAUUUAGUGGGAUCCCAGGAAUCCCAGAGCAAGAAUGGCUGCAUGUGUAAGAACUUUUUGCUGAUGAGUUGUAGCAUGAAGGGGAGGGGAGUCCUCUAUUUUUUGUUAGGCACAUCAUGUAAUGCUCACAGAAUUGUUGUAGAAUAUCAUUUUGGGAAACUCAUUGUUGGUUUUGUCUUUUUUUUUCUUUGUAUGUGUGAAAAUGUAAAUACAGUCUAAGAUGCAUGUACAGAUACACAUCUGAUCAUGUUAGCGGAAACACUAUAGCAAAUACAUAUGUAAUUGAUUUAGCAAAUCAUUAAAGUUUGUUAUAUAAAUGGUAAUGUACUUCCAUUAAAUUAUGUGAUGAAUCAA